CAUGGACCGCAAAGAUGGUAGUAAUCAUAAGGAGACAAGUGAAAUCUGGAAACAAAAUGAAAAACAGACUGAUCAGGAGAAAUCGACUGCAUUCGGUAAUAUGCUUGAGAGAAGCCUAAAUGCAACUUAUUUAUCAAUGGGUCUUACUCUCGGUGGUGAAUUAGGCCUAUUUGAUAGAAUUUUAGAGCAAGAUAGUUUAACUUGCCAAGAACUUGCAGAGAAGAGUCAAACUAAGCAGUGUUUUGUAAAUGAGUGGCUAGGUUUGAUGGUAUCAUCGGGAAUUAUUGACUGUAUUCCAGAUUCUGACCCAGAGAGAUAUUUCAUUGCCGAUUAUAAGAAAUCAUCACUUCAAGGACAGUAUAGCUGGUUGGCCUGGGCAAAAGAAUUGUCAGGUUACUUUAAGACAUAUGACACUGUUUCCCAGUGUUUCAAAUUGAGCGGACCUAGAGGAGUUGAUAGAAAUCAAUUGGAUGCAUUCUAUGAUUUUUACGAAAAUAUGGACAAGGAAUCGGCCGACAAAUGGUCGGAAAUGAAAUCAACUUUUGCCCAAAUUCCAGGUCUAAUUCAAAAUUUUGAAAACGGUAUUGAAGCUUUGGACGUUGGUUGUGGCGGAGGCAAUAUUUUUAUAUCUUUGGCUUUACAAUUCCCAAAAUCUACUUUUUACGGAGUUGAAAUAUCUGAAAAAGCUCUUCAAGUAGCUAGAAAGAAUGCAGAGAAUUGCGGUGUAAAAAAUAUUAAAUUUAUAGUUGCCGACGCCACUAAUUUACCAAAGGAAUGGACAGGAAAAUUUAAAUAUGUUCACACAUCUCACGUUCAUCACGAUUCGUCUAGACCGAGAAAAGUGACAUCAGAAAUCUUUCGGGUAUUAGCUAGUAAAGGGUCUUUGAGUAUAUUUGAAAAUGGUACAAAUGGUAGACACGGAGAUAAAUCUUCUGAUCCCAAUUACCUUAUGGGUUACUUUAUAUCAACUUUCGCUUGCGUACCAAAUGCAACAUACGAUGAAAAAGCUGAGGAACCUCUAGGUGUUUACGUUUCGAAGAGAACUAUCAUAAAAAUGAUGGAAGAUUGCGGCUUUUCAGCAAGUGUCGUCGGAGGAGAGGAUAAGUCAAUUGAAUCUCCAGUACAUAAUCACGGAUCAACUAUUUUACACUAUCAUGGAUUGAAGAAUUAA